CCUUGCACCAGGAACAAUUUAAAGAAGAAGACUGAACCACCACGCCCACAAAAUACUUGUAAACUAGUGAAUCAAAGGCCACCGCUCAAAUAACUCAGAAAUACCAAGUCGAAAGCACAACAAAAUCCGAGACCAAGCCAAUCCAAACCAAGAUGUCGUCGCGUUCCAAGGAGAGAGUUGUCACUGCAUUCCGCAAAAUCUUCCACAAGUCCAGCAAUAAUAAUAAUAAUAACAACAACAAUAGCUCUAAUAAUAACAACAAUGACAAGGUCGAUGGAGCCACUGGCAGCAGUCCGAACAAUAACAAUAAUAACAAUCACGAGGGGGCAGCUCCCUCUUCGGCAGGAGGCGGGGCAAUGGGCGGUGGAGCUGUGGGCGGCGGUUCAUCGGGAUCAUCUGGUGCCUCCAAGAAUGCCGUAGUUCGAAUGGCAGCCGAGCAGGCUGUUUGGGAUUCCCCAGGCAAGCGGCGACGACAAGAUCACAAGGUGGCGCCGACGACGGGACGCCAACUGAUGGCGGCGCCGGAUCAGACCAUUCGAUCCCGCCGCCUCAUGAAGGAGUAUAGAGAAAUGGAACGCCUCCAGUCAAAGAAAGAUGCUGUCUUCACGGUGGAACUCGUCAGCGACAGUCUGUUCGAGUGGCACGUACGCCUGCAUGUGAUUGAUCCAGACUCGCCUUUGGCCAGGGAUAUGGUCGAAAUGGGGGUGCCGGCCAUCCUGUUGCACCUCAGUUUCCCCGACAACUUCCCCUUCGCCCCGCCGUUCAUGCGCGUGGUGGAGCCGCGCAUCGAGAAGGGUUACGUGAUGGAGGGCGGGGCCAUCUGCAUGGAACUCCUAACGCCCCGCGGAUGGGCCAGUGCCUAUACGGUGGAGGCGGUCAUCAUGCAGUUUGCAGCCAGCGUAGUCAAGGGUCAGGGCAGGAUCACGCGCAAGCCAAAGAGUACAAAGGAAUUCACUCGUCGCCAGGCCGAGGAGUCGUUCCGUUCGCUGGUAAAGACGCACGAGAAGUACGGAUGGGUGACGCCCGCCCUGUCCGACGGCUAAGGGACGAGAUUCCGUAUCGCAAGGGAACUCAGCUCAGAUGCUCUGCGUUUGCCAACCACCCAACCAAUGCAAUUUAAUAUUCAGCCACCCAGCAAGAAUCUUGCUCAUAGUAAUCCAUCAAGCCAUCGUCUAUGCCCAUUACUCUUCUCUCGAUGCGUUUCCAUCUACUUAGUCAAGUAACGAACGAUUUCAAUUGCAAACCAUCCAAAACGCAACAGAAGGAACUCUUGGAAACAACAAGGAAACACACACAAAGAACAAAGGAAAAACGCGCAGCAAGCAACAAAUUAGCUUAAAAUGUAAUUCUAGCUCGUAGUCGUCAGUAAAACGGAAAUUUCGUCGAAUACAAAAAAUGGAUAAUUAA